GUGUCGUCUCUCCUCCCACUUCUAUCAGUCGGGAGUCGGCUACUAGUCGGCUUUUACUUAGCGAGUUUAAACUGUGGUUGUCGUCUUCCGGUCAAGUGCUCUCCAUCCUCAAUUACUUAAUACUUCAACCUAGCUACAAGUUUCCCUUCAACUUAAAAUGGCCGAACCAAUUAAAGUCGUUGUGACUGGUGCUGCAGGGCAAAUUGCGUAUUCCCUCAUCUACCAGCUGGCUAAAGGAGAUGUUUUUGGAGCCAACCAGCCUAUUAUUCUUCAUUUGCUUGACAUUCCUAACAUGAUGGGUACUCUUGAAGGAGUUGUCAUGGAAAUCGAAGAUUUGGCCCUCCCCCUUGUCCGAGGAGUUGUUGCCACUGCAGAUCCAGCUGCAGCAUUUAAUGGUGUAGAAGCAGCCUUCAUGGUUGGCUCAAUGCCCAGAAGGCAGGGUAUGGAACGCAAAGAUCUUCUUUCAGCCAACGUCAAGAUUUUUAAGGACCAAGGUGAAGCCUUGGACAAAUAUGCAAAAAAAACUGUCAAAGUUUUGGUCGUCGGUAACCCAGCCAACACAAAUGCACUUAUCUGCUCAAAGUAUGCUCCAUCCAUUCCAAAAGAGAACUUCUCAGCAAUGACUCGAUUAGAUCAGAACCGAGCUCAAGCCCAUGUCGCGGCAAAGCUGGGUGUCCCUGUGGAUCAUGUCAAAAAUGUCAUCAUUUGGGGAAAUCAUUCCUCCACGCAGUUCCCUGAUGUCAAACAUGCCACCGCACAGAUCAAUUCUGCUACACUUCCCGUUUACGAUGCUUACAAGGAUACUGAAUACCUCAAAAACGACUUUGUUAAAACGAUCCAAACCCGAGGCGCAGCUGUAAUAGCAGCUCGAAAGAUGUCUUCAGCAAUGUCUGCGGCAAAGGCAGCUGGUGAUCACAUGAAGGAUAUCUGGCAAGGCACCAAGCCUGGUGAAUGGGUCAGUAUGGCUGUCCUUUCUGAUGGAUCUUACGGAGUGCCAAAGGAUGUCAUGUUCUCGUUCCCAGUCCAAAUUCAAAAUAAGGAGUGGAAAAUAGUACAGGGAUUAGAGUUGGACGACUUUUCAAAAAGCAAACUGAAGAUCACAGCUGAUGAACUGGUGGAAGAGAAAGAAGAGGCAUUGUCCAUCUGCAACAAUUGACAUGCUGGGCCCUCAAUCAAAGGAGCAAGCCGCGCAAAACUAUGAUUGAUCUACCUUGAUGUAUAGCAAUAAACCAGAAACUUUCACCUGUCACUCCAGCACGUCAUGCAUCCCCAGUGUGUUCCAUUUUUUUUUUCAAGCUGAGUUAAAUCCAUGUUGUUGAAUGUAUCCACGUAGUUAUUAUGCUGUUAGAA